UUCAUAUCUCCAUUGUGCUUGAAGUUCCCAGAACCUUUUUUUUUUUUAUGUUUAAACACAAACUUUUGUUUGCCUUUUCAGCUGGGUGAAGACACAUUCAAUCGGGCAAAGUUGCUGAACGUUGGCUACACGGAGGCUCUAAAGGACGCCGAGUAUGACUGUUUCAUCUUCAGUGACGUGGAUCUGAUCCCUAUGGACGACCGGAACCUGUAUCACUGCUAUGACCAGCCCAGGCACUUUGCCAUCGCAAUGGACAAGUUUGGCUUCAGGUUGCCCUACGCUGGCUACUUUGGUGGAGUUUCUGGUCUCAGUAAAAAGCAGUUUCUAAAAAUCAACGGCUUUCCAAACGAGUACUGGGGCUGGGGAGGAGAGGACGACGACAUCUAUAACCGGAUCACUCUCAACGGGAUGAAGGUGUCCAGGCCAGAUGUCCGCAUCGGCCGCUACAGAAUGAUUAAGCAUGAGAGGGACAAACACAACGAGCCAAACCCACAGAGGUACUGCAUCACAGUCAAUCCCCAUCUUUACAUUUGAAUCGAUCUUGCUGCUUUUGUUUCACACAAAACUUUUCAGUUAUUUCUAUUAGGUUUUGGGUUUCUUGUUUUAAGGGUUACAAACAUAUG